AUGGCAAGUUUUUUGUUUCAUGAUGUUAGUGGCGAGAGUGAGGAGGUGGAUGCUAGGGAACCUGCUCGACGAUGGGGCCGGGCGUUAGGAGCAUCGUCGGGGCCUUCUUCGGGACAGUCAGAUGGGGACUGGAGCGAAGACCGACGAGCGGGUGGCAUGGGACCUCACUCCGUUUUUGCAGCAGAACAUCGUCGACCUGAAGGUGAUGACCAAGAGUGGGACCCUUGGUCGGAAGCAGCCGAGCGGCGACCUCGGGAUUAUUUCAAUUGGUCGGCUCCUGGUGCUAACGAAGAUGCUUCUUCGAUGGGCACCUGGGAGCAUGUGGGAAGCGAAGGGGGCCCGUCUUCGACUUCCUGGAACUAUAGCUCCUGGGGCCGCUUGCGAAACACUUCGACGCCUUGGUGGGAGUGGCAGCGCGGGAGCUAUGCGGCCGGCGAUUCCCUCGUCCCGUACCACGGCGAGGACUACUAUGCGGCGAAAUGGGCCGAAGGACGAGGAGGCCGGCAGUGGAACGAGAACUGGGAGACGCCGUCGCAGUGGCAAAGCUCCCGGUCGUGGCACAGUUUGACGCCUUGGGAGGAAGGAAAGGAGCUUGGGCCCUCCUCUCCGCGAGGUCGUGGUCCCGAUGGUGGGCUUCCUCUUGGAGAUCCGAAGGCCGCCGGCGAGGGAGGUGAACGACGUGGACCAGGCAAGGUGACUUCCUCCUACCCUCCUAUCUUCAAGGCGCAGCCGGGCGAGAGCUACCGCGAGUGGAAAAGGCAAGUGGCUUUCUGGUUGGGCGGUGAGGCCGGGCAGCUUCCUCCUCAAUAUGUGGGCCCACGUGUUAUGGUGCAGUUGCGGGAAAGAGCGGCCCAGUUGGUGCGUCACCUAAACAAUGAGGAUGUGAACGGUGCGGGUGGCCUGGACCUCAUCUUGAAGACGCUGGAGAUGAGCCCGCUCAUAAAGCAACUGGACCGCCACCGCGUGGACCAGCACCGCAAGAAGUUGAUGUCGCUGACCCGGCUGCCGAACGAGAGCAUGGAGAGCUACAUCACCCGCGGCAGCAUUUACCGGACCCAGCUUCAAGGGAUGGACGCGGCGAUGAGCAUGGGCGAGAGCUUUUAUACUGGGCACUUGCUGGACCAUGCUCGGCUCACGCGCCGGGACAAGGCGAUGGUGAAGACGAGGGCGGGCGCGGACACCGAGGAUGCGAUCACCACGGCCUUGGUCGAGCUUGCUCCGGAGUUGGAAGGCGAGGCUGGGUACCCCAUUGGCAUGGGCGAGCCGGACCUCUCUUUGCGUCAAGGUGAUGAGUGUUUGGUGCAACCUCAACGUGGUGCUUGGCGCGGACACAAGGCGGCUUUGGGCGCCGAGGUGCCCUUGGAGACUGCCGGGGACGAGCUUCCGGAGGAGAUCGAGGGCCGGAGCGAGCAGGGGAACUCCGACGACGCGGUGGAGGUGAUGCAUGCGGCUAACGAGGCUUAUGCCCUGCAUUUUCGGGCCAAGCAGAAGAUCGCCGAGGUGAAGAAGCUCCGGCAGUACUAUGGCAAGGGCGAUAAAGCAGAGAAGCCCUCUUCUGAGGAGAGGCGCCGGGCAAUCGCCGAGCAGAUGAAGAUUCACCCUUGCCGUAUUUGUGGAGAGCAUGGCCAUUGGGCACGUGAGUGCCCAAAGAAGGGCUCGGUGAAUGCCACUUUGGUUGCGUGGGCCCCUCCGAGCGCGAAGUGCUCUCCCCCUGCCAACGAGACCGACCAGUGGAGCUUGUUGGCAUCCUGUGUGCAGACCAGUGACUCCUCGCAGGCGUUCCAAUACAUGAAGGGUUGCGCGUUCCUGGAUGUUUUGGUUUCUCGCCGGGGGCACCGCAGGGGAGCUGAUGUAAUAGAUGUGCAGUGGUGCAUGCAGGAACUUGUCAACAAAGUUAUCCUCGACAUUGGUUGCAUGAAGAGUGUGGUGGGAACUCGGUGGAUGAAUAGUGUGGUGCGUCGGUGGCGCGAAGAAGGUCGUUGGUACAAGGUUGUUCGGGAGUCAGAACUUUUUUGCUUUGGGAACGGCACCACACUUCGCAGUUGUUAUGCUGUGGCUUUUGAAGCUACCUUUGCCCGAAAGCAUGUGAUCUUACGCUUUAGUGUUGUGGCAGGGGACUGCCCCCCCUUGCUCUCCAAGCCGGCGUGUUCACAACUUGGGCUGAGCAUUGACUGCGGCAAGCACUGUUUGAGUUCUUCCAAACUGAAGGUGAAGGCGUAUGGUCUCCCGCAUGCACCUAACGGGCACUACCUCAUGAAUAUCGAAGAGUUUGAGGGCAUCGUUAGGACCCCGAUUCCCCGAGAUUUCGCCCUCCCUGCCGAUGUGGAAGCCUAUGUGUUGCAGUGCCAGGGUGAGAGUGAAACUUCGGUGCUCGCGCAGCUUGGCUCUAUGCCGUCUGAGGCGGAACCAGCAGCGCAGUGCCCGGACCUGGAGGAGCCGGAGGACCCCUGGAUGGAGGUGGAGGACGAAACUCAUCCUCUACGGCGUUCUCUGCGGAGCACCACGCGGCCGAAGGAGACCCUGACCGAGUACUACGACUUGACCGAGUUGACCCCGGAGGAGAAGCACUUGCUGGUGAAACGUCGAGCUCGCGCCGCCGCAGCCCGCAGCCGCAAGCAGAACAACAAAGCGCUGACGGGGCACCUGGCCGACUUCCCCAGCCUGAGCGACCGAUGGAGCAGCGACCUGGCGCUAAACAUCGCAGGCUCGCUGAGGGCACGGAUGAUCACCUUCGCUUGGAAGCGCUUUCUUUGGUUGCUGCGGGUGAAGGAGGCCGUGACUCGGAGCUUUCCGGACGUGGUGUGGAAGAGGAACCGGCGAUGGGUGGCGAACCUUUUGAUGCGCGAGGCGGCCGCUGCUGCCGUGGCAGAGCGACCUCUACAACCAGAUUCCGGAGACCAAGGGGGUGGUGGCCGUGCGUUGUCGAAUCAGGUCUUACAGGUCACUCGUCCAAAUCGUGGUCUGACUCAAAAGCUGAAGGCUGGGGUCCAGACCAUUUUGAGCGAUAUGUCGGAGGUCAACCGGGUGGCCCGUUUGAACACCAAGAGCUACGUUCUGGAGAUCGUGGGCGAGACGGUCAGGCCUUCUCAGGUGUUCCCCGAGAACCUCAAUUGGAGACGGGCCCCUACGUUCGAGCAGAUAUAUACCCCCACCGGGGCCGUGCUGUUGAAACAGUGGAUGUCCAUCGAAAGGCCCGACCUCGUGAUCAUGCGCCCUUCAGGUGAGCUUUGGCUUCCUCCGACUCUUCGUAUUCGGUACGAUCCGCAACUUCAGCGAGAAGCUCGCAGCGCAGCUAUGAAGGAGUGGUAUUUGGUGCGGGACCUCUGGAAACAUCAGACCGAACUCAAGGGUUUGAUGUUGGUGGACCAGCCCUUUGGGUCCGAAGCUUGGGAGCUCACCUUUUUGCAGGACCUCCCGGGAUGGCGCACGCUCGUGGUGGACAAAUGUGCUUUUGGGCGUCGACCAGAUGAAGCGGUGCUCGACCCUCCUCUUCAAGGCCGGGCCCACUUUGGGGUGAAUGAUGCCAGCUUCGCUGUCGAGCUCAGCAAGGCCGCCCGGUGUCGCUGCCCAAAUGGCCACGAUCGUACCAGCAAUCUGCGCUGGGAGGCCCUGGCUGGUCAGGUGUGGUCCCUUGGCUGGUGGAGCUAUGUACUGGAGGCGGCCCAACGAGUUCUACGUCAGCGUGCUCCCUUGGACUCCUGGAAUGGGUUGGCUGAGCCGGUGGACGAGGAAGGUUGGUUUGUGGCUCCGGUGGCCAACAGCCAGCUGCCUGAGGAAGAGCUUCGUCGAGUUCUUGGGCAAAUUGGGAGCAGCGGAGAAAGGUACGAUUACGUGACCUUUGAAGGUGAUGCUGCCCAGCUUCCUCGUGGAGUUCGAGCUGCCGUCGCCCACUUACACAGCACGCUCGGCCACCCGGGCAACGACCGGCUGGUGCGCAUGUUGGUGCUGUCGGGCGCCAAGGAGGAAGUCUUGACUGCCGCAAGGAGUCUGAGGUGCCAAGUCUGCGCCUCCGUUCGGGGCCCUGCCAACGACCCGCAAGUCUCCUGUCUGAAACCGAAGAUGUUCAAUGCGGCCCUCUCUGGAGAUAGCUUUUUCAUCUUCGACGCUGAGGGCACCAAGUUCGGCGUGGUUCACUUCAUCGAUGGGCUCACUGACUUCCACGUGGGCCAGUGCUUCUCGCAGCCGAACUCCAGCCGGGCGGCCCGUGUUCUUCCUGAUAGCUGGUAUGGUGUUUUUGGGCCUCCGGAUGUUCUACGCACGGAUGGGGGAACGGAGUUCCAGGGAGCCGUGACGGUCCUCAACGAGCUCUUCGGCGUCCCCCACCAGGUGAUCCCGGAGGGCGCAAAGUACCAGUUGGGCCAGGUGGAGCGGCACGGAGGCGUGCUGAAAAUCAUGUUGAUGAAGAUGGUGGACGCUCUGCAGCUCAAGGGCCUGGAGGAUAUGAGGAUGGGGGUGGCUGCCGGGCUGGCUGCCAAGAACCGGCUCCUGACUGGAGCUGGCGUGUGCCCACUUCAAGCGGUGACGGGCCGGGCUUCUCCUUUGCCGUUGUCCUUGAUGACGCAGCUCUGCUCAGGCAAGGUCAAGUACCGGUUGAACCAGAGCCUGGAGGACGACGAGGCCCUUCAACGUGCUGACCGCGUUCGUCUGGGAGCUCAAGAUGCUAUUCAGUGGAUAGAUGCACAGAGCACCCUGCGUCGGGCACUCAAUGCCAAGAGCAGGCCCCCGAACUUGGAGCUGCUGAAGGAGGGUGCCACGGUGUAUGUCUAUGAGAGUUCGCGACAACACCUCUUGGGUGGGGCCUGGAUCAAAGGCCGGGUCAAGGCGGUUGCGAUGGAACGUUUGCGCCUGGCCACGGUGGACGAGCUCCUCGGUGCCACGGUUGUCUCGGACUUUGUCAAGGAGCUGGAACAGGAGUUGUCGCAGGGCCAAGCCCGAUUCCUCCUCCUCUUCCUCGAGUUCUUCGGAGGCAGAGGUGGGAUGGAGUGGGACGCCACGGAAGAGCAAGCCUUACGCCGGUCGGUGGCGACGGACGUCCCGGUGCAGCUCCUGCGGGAGCGUGAGAAGAGGGCGACCACGGAGCGCGAGGCCCAGCUGGACCCCCACGAGCUGGACUUCCUGAAAAAGCGCCGUCUGUUUGAGAAGGUCAGUGACCAGUUGGAGCCUCCGACCACUUUGCAGCAGGCGGCAGCGCGCGGGCAGAUGGAGGAUGCCUACCAGAAGUCCCAGCGCAAGGUGAUCAAGGCCUUACCCUCGAAGGCUCGAGGCACUACUUCGGCGAGUUCGCGCGGGCCUUCGAUUCAUCAAGUAGGCGUGGCCGCCCCUGGUCCUUCUUCGUGGCAGGAGCUCUAUGGCGAGGACCUCGACGACUUGUUCGAAGUGUACGCGGCGUGUGAGGUUCGUGCCGAGCAGCCCCAGGAGAUCAAGGAGCUCUUCGACUUCGGCAAGGGCGCUGUGGAGGAAGUGCGUUCGGGCACGGCCCCUGUGAUGGGCAAAGAUCGUGUGGAGCUUCAGUGGCGGAAGCUCGACGCGAGCUGGCGCCAAGCCUUCACCCAGCCGAUCGUGGAAGCGAUUCAGGUGUACAUCAAGCACGAGGCGAUUGAAACCAUUCCAAAGAAACGGUGGAUUCCUCCGGAAAAGAUCCUUUCCUCCCGCUUCGUCCUCACCAACAAGACCAAGGAGGAGCCCGACCCUUUCAAGUGCAAGCUCAAGGGCCGAUGGAUUAUUGGGGGGCACAAGGACAGCGAGGCAGGGAUGCAUCAGACGGCCUCCCCUACGGCCUCUCUCUUGGGGCAGAAUUUGGUGAACUUCCUGGCGGUGCAGUUUGGAUGGGCGGUGACCCACGAGGAUGUGACGGCCGCCUUUUUGCAGGGGAGGCCGUUGCCUCCCGAGCGGGAAGUGUAUGUUCGGCUCCCGAAGGAGGACUACCCAGCGGAGAUCUACGACCUCAUCCGCCUGUUUGUGGGUCCGGGAGCUCGCGUCGACCUGGUGAAGAUGACGAAGGGUGGCUUCGGACUUCCUGAGUCCCCGCGCCUCUGGUACCAGGAGUACAAGAGCACCUUGGGUGAGCUCGGCCUCCGGGAACUUCGUUUGCUGCCUGGUGUGUUUUGCCAGAUGCGCGACCAAGGCCACCUCGGGGCCAUUGCCUCUAUCCAUGUGGACGACACCAGGUACACUGGAGACAAGGAGGCCGAAGCAACAUGGGAGAGGCUGCAUGCGAGGCUUCAGUUCGGGAAGAGGCGCCAAGCCUGCGAUGGACGGCAGAAGUUUUGCGGUCGCUGGGAGAAGCAGGAUCCCACAACGAUGGAGAUCUUUUACAAGAUGGACGACUAUGUGAAGGAGAUUCCCCUGCUUCCUCCUCGACCGCCGGGCGAUCCUAUGCUUCCUCUUACGGAGUAUGAGAAGAAGUUGAUCAGCUCGACCGUAGGUCAGCUGAUGUGGGCGGGACGCCAAGCUCGCUUCGACCUCCUCUACGGCACCUCUCAUGGACAGCAACUGGCCGGAACUGGUGACCCCCUCGCCCUUGAAGCUCUCAACAAGGUGGUUCGGCGAGCUCGCGAGGACGUUCCUUUGGUGGUGAAGCGUUUGGGGGUCCCGAUGGACCAAUGGUGCGUGAUUACCGCGUCAGAUGCGGCGUAUGGUGCGCAGCCUCGCGGGGCCAGCCAAGGUGGGUUCGUGAUCAUGAUCGGGGACCGCAACAUUGCGAAUGGCCCCUCGAACGUGGCGAUCUUGGAGGUGCAGAGCUCAAAGAUUCAGCGAGUCGUUCGAUGUUCAAUGUCGGCCGAGCUCAGCAGCGGGGCCACGGCCUUUGAGUACGGUGACUACGUCAAGGCCGUGCUCGGGGAGAUCGUGUUGCCGCCUUUCUCUUUGAAGGAGUGGAAGACGGCCACUAUGCUUUGGAGGCACUACCUCGUCCUGGACGCCAAGACCGCAUACGACGCCCUCCACUCGGAGAACUUACCCUCUGACCGCAAGCUGCUCAUCGACAUCGCUGUGCUCCGGGAGGCCCUGACUGACAACCACCAGACCUUCGUGAGGUGGGUUCCGGGAGCAGAGAUGGUGGCGGACGCCCUUACCAAGUGGAAUGGCAAUGGGGUGCUUCAGCGUGUGAUGGAGCAGGGCCAAUGGUCGCUAGCCGACACUCCAGAACUACGUCGUCUUCGAGAGACAGCGGCUGCCCGUAAGAAGGCCAUUUUGGCCAAAGCCCGGAUUCAAAAGGAAUCCGGUGGCUAA